AUGGAAACUCCUAAUUUUGUCUUCUUCUCCUUGCUUCUUCUCUUGACUAGUUCCACUAUAAGCUCAGCUCAACUUACUCGUGGUUUCUACAACAACGUAUGCCCCAAUGUGGAACAGUUGGUACGAUCUGCUGUUGUACAGAAUUUCCAACAGACUUUUGUGACUGCUCCUGCCACCCUUCGACUCUUCUUCCAUGAUUGCUUUGUGAGGGGUUGUGAUGCUUCGAUUAUGCUUGCAAACAGUAACGCAGAGAGGGAUCACCCUGAUGACAUAUCUCUAGCUGGGGAUGGCUUUGACACAGUGAUUAAAGCCAAGGAAGCUGUUGAUAGAGACCCCAACUGCCGAAACAAAGUCUAUUGUGCUGAUAUACUCGCUCUGGCUACUAGAGAUGUUGUAAAUUUGGCAGGGGGGCCACUUUAUAACGUUGAAUUGGGAAGGCGUGAUGGUAGAAUAUCUACUAUUGCCAGUGUUCAACGCCGUCUUCCUCACCCUGAUUUCAAUUUGGAUCAACUCAAUUCCAUGUUCAACUCUAAUGGCCUAUCUCAGACAGAUAUGAUUGCAUUAUCAGGUGCACACACAAUUGGAUUCUCUCACUGCAGCCGCUUCUCAAAACGAAUCUACAACUUCAGCCCCAGAGAUAGAAUCGAUCCAACACUAAAUUUACAAUAUGCUUUUCAGCUUAGACAGAUGUGCCCCUUAAAGGUUGAUCCUAGAAUUGCCAUAAACAUGGACCCUGUAACGCCUCAAAAGUUUGAUAACCAAUACUUCAAGAAUCUGGUGGAUGGAAAGGGUCUCUUCACCUCUGAUCAGGUGCUGUUUACAGAUGCAAGGUCAAAGGCCACAGUUAACUUGUUUGCAUCAAAUGAAGGAGAUUUUCAGAAUGCUUUUGUUGACGCAAUUACCAAGUUGGGAAGGGUUGGGGUUCUAACUGGAAAUCGCGGAGAAAUUAGGUUGGAUUGCACCAGGCCCAACUAG